GCCAAGGAGAGUUCACUGCCUCACAUUAAUGUAACUGCUCCUCGCCGAAAGGGGGACUAAAGUAGACUUUGUCUAGCACCACGACUCUCCGCAAGGACUCGGCCAACAUCUCCCCUUCCGGUCCGUGCAUCCAUAGCUCAACGAGCCAUAUAAAAGUGUCUUUUUGCAGCAAAGUGAACCGCCAGGGAAUGAACGACGAGACCUCUUAUCGGCGCGUGAAUGCAUCUCGCUAUAGUUAGCUUAGCCUAGCUUAGCUGCCCUCCACAAAGCGACAUUCACCUUCGCGUUCGGCGUCCUUUCUUGCGCCAGUCGCCGAGCUAGAGGACCCGGAAGCAUCCACAGAGGAACACUUUCUAACGAAUCAUCCCAGGAAAAGUCAACAAACCCACCAAGAGAAGUGGGAGGCCCGCUCGCCGUGAUUGAGUGUCCCUGAAGGACCCGAGCAGGUCAAGCCUGUUUGUCCACAUCUCUUCGGCAUCUGGAGGACGUAGAGAAGUUCCUCCGGAGAUGAUUCCCGACAAGGCGCCUAAGGAAGAUGUCUUUUACGGGGCUGAGGAGAUGCGGAGGAGCGCUCACGUCCCCAACUUUGACAAGUAUAAAGACAUGUACAUGCAGUCCAUAGAGGACCCUGACAAAUUCUGGGGGGAUGUGGCCAAGGACUUCUUCUGGAAGACCAAACACACGGGACGCUUCCUGGACUACAACUUUGACGUGACCAAAGGGGAAAUCUUCAUCAAGUGCAUGGAGGGAGCAUCCACCAACAUCUGCUACAACGUCCUCGACCGUAACGUCCACGAGAGAAAGCUGGGGGACAAAGUGGCCUUCCACUGGGAAGGCAACGAGCCCGGCGAUGAGUUGACUGUGACAUACAGAGAGCUCCUGCACAGCGUCUGCCGCUUUGCCAAUGUGCUGAAAUCACAGGGCGUGAGGAAAGGCGACCGCGUGGCCAUCUACAUGCCCAUGGUGGUGGAGCUGGUGGUGGCCAUGUUGGCCUGCGCUCGAAUCGGAGCCGUGCACUCCAUUGUGUUUGCAGGUUUCUCCGCCGAGUCGCUGUGUGAGAGGAUCAUGGACUCUCAGUGUUCACUGCUCAUCACUGCAGAUGGCUUUUACAGAGGAGAUAAGCUGAUCAACCUCAAGCUCUUGGCUGAUGAAGCAUUGCAGAAGUGCAGAGACAAAGGCUUCCCACUGGAGAGGUGCAUCGUGUUGAAACAUUUAUCCAAAGACGCACAAGAGACCUCACUCAGCUCUCCUCCCGCCAAAAGAUCCUGUCCUGACCUGCAGCAGGAAAAAGAGACGGGCAGAGUAAAGAAAACCCGUCCUGUUCCACAGGUGCCCUGGAACCCGGAAGUGGACAAGUGUUGGCACACGCUGAUCGGUGACGCAUCAGACGAGUGUGAACCAGAGUGGUGCGAGUCCGAAGAUCCUCUUUUUAUCCUCUACACCAGCGGCUCGACGGGCAAACCCAAGGGUGUCCUCCACACGGUCAGCGGCUACAUGCUCUACACCGCCACCACCUUCAAGCUGGUCUUCGACCACCAGCCAGACGACGUCUACUGGUGCACGGCCGACAUCGGCUGGAUCACCGGACACUCGUACAUCACAUACGGCCCGCUUGCGAAUGGCGCCACCAGCGUAUUGUUUGAGGGUCUUCCCACGUACCCAGAUGUGAGCCGCAUGUGGGAGGUUGUGGACAAAUACCACGUGAGCAAGUUCUACACGGCGCCCACCGCCAUCAGGCUCCUGAUGAAGUACGGCAACGAGCCGGUGCAGAAGUACAAGCGAGACUCUCUGAAGGUUUUGGGCACGGUCGGAGAGCCCAUCAACCCUGAGGCCUGGCAGUGGUACUUCACUGUGGUGGGAGACCGGAGAUGUCCCAUCGUUGACACCUUCUGGCAGACGGAGACUGGUGGCCACGUCCUGACUCCUCUGCCUGCGGCCACGCCCAUGAAGCCGGGCUCUGCUACCUUCCCUUUCUUUGGGGUCGUGCCGGCCAUCCUGAACGAGUCGGGCGAGGUGCUGGAGGGUCCGAGUGAAGGCUACCUGGUGUUCAAGCAGCCGUGGCCCGGCGUGAUGAGGACAGUGUACGGAAACCACGGCAGGUUCGAGAGCACCUACUUUAACAAGUUCCCGGGAUACUACGUGACCGGAGACGGCUGCCGCAGAGACAAGGAUGGAUACUACUGGAUCACCGGGAGGAUAGACGACAUGCUCAACGUCUCAGGUCACCUGCUGAGCACGGCGGAGGUGGAGUCGGCGCUGGUGGAGCACGAGGCGGUCGCCGAGGCCGCCGCGGUGGGCCGGCCGCAUCCCGUCAAAGGGGAGAGCCUGUAUUGCUUCGUCACGCUGAGCGACGGUGUGGUGUUCGACCGCGGGCUGGAGGCCCAGCUUAAAAAGCAAGUGAGGGAGAAGAUCGGCGCCAUUGCCACGCCAGACUACAUCCAGGACGCACCGGGACUCCCCAAAACCAGAUCAGGGAAGAUCAUGCGGCGCGUGCUUCGUAAGAUUGCCAGCGGUGAGAAGGAGCUGGGCGACAUCUCCACGUUGGCCGACUCGUCUGUGGUGGAGCAGCUUUUCCAGAACAGGUGCUGUGUGGCCGUGUGACCUGGGGACAGACCAGACCAGGACAGACCUGGACAGGACAGGACAGGGCAGAAAGCCACCCCAUCAGGACUCAUGACAUCAGCGAACAAAGCUAACGUUGCAUAGAGGAAUUAUUCCAAUACAACAGUAAAAAUAAUACCAGUGUUUUAAAAACCAUGAAAAAUGAUGAUUAAGAACGUCUUGAUUUUACACAUUCAUUUGUCUCGUCAAUGUGGCGUGCAUUUGUAUGUUUUGGGAAUCUCAUUUUUUUUACUUUAUUUUCUCUCUCAUCUUUUUGAAGCUUGUAUGAUUUCUGGUAUUUGUUUUUUCAAACGGGAAAGAAAUGAUUUCUGAAAAGAAAUUAAAAAGCAAUC